AUGGGUUUCAAAAUGCAAAACAAAAGAGUUUUGUAUUGCUUUGCUAUUAUUUUCCAAUUUUUCUUGCUUGUCAAUGGUUCAAGUGUGCACCAUCAUGACAAUCGCAAUACUUCAGCCAAAGAGAAUCCCAAAUUGCAACAAGUUUCUCCUCCCGUGACACUAACGGUCACAAAUCGAUACGUGGUAAUUGAUAAUGGCAUUGUUCAACUUUCUUUAACUAAUCCUACUGGUUCUAUUUUUGGAGUUAAAUAUAAUGGUAUUGAUAAUCUCCUUGAACCUUUACCAGAAACACAAAGAGGAUAUUGGGAUACUAUGUGGAAUGGUAAAUUUGACACGCUUUUAGCAUCAAAAUUUAGUGUGAUAGCACAAGAUGCUAACAAAGUUGAAGUUUCUUUCCAAAAAUUAUAUAAUCCUUUGAAUGGUAACAAUCCUCCUCUAAAUAUUGACAAAAGGUAUGUGAUGCUACGUGGGAGUUCUGGAUUUUAUUCGUAUGGAAUAUUUCAACAUUUAAAAGGAUGGCCAGCUGUAAAUUUGGAUGAAGCUAGAAUUGCUAUUAAGCUCAGCAAAUCACUGUUUCAUUUUAUGGCAAUAUCAGACGAUAGACAAAGGAUAAUGCCAACAGAAGAGGAUCGUGCAAGUGGUCAAACACUAGAUUAUAGAGAAGCUGUUAAAAUUACAAAUCCAUCCAACCCUAGACUCAAAAAUGAGGUUGAUGACAAGUACCAAUAUACAGAUGAGAUUAGAAAUAUUAAAGUUCAUGGGUGGAUAAGUGAUACUCCACACAUGGGGUUUUGGGUAAUUUCACCAAGUUAUGAAUAUUGUAAUGGUGGACCUAUGAAGCAAGAUCUUACCUCUCAUGUUGGUCCAACAUCUAUGGCUAUAUUUUUCAGUGGGCAUUAUGCUGGGCCACAAUUAGGAGUUUCAUUAACAAAUGGAGAAGCAUGGACUAAAGUUUUUGGGCCUGUAUUUUUCUAUGUUAAUUCAGAUUCUUCUAAUGAUCAUACCAUACUUUGGGAAGAUGCUAAAAGACAGAUGAAUGAAGAAACAAAAAAAUGGCCUUAUGAUUUUCCUGCAUCAAAAGAUUAUCUUCAUGCAAAUCAACGUGGCUCAGUUAGUGGUCAAUUAAUGGUUCAUGACUGGUAUAUAAAUGUAGAUGUUUUUCCUGCAUUAAAUGCAUAUAUUGGACUUGCUAAACCUGGACUUGUUGGAUCUUGGCAAAGUGAAACCAAGGGUUAUCAAUUUUGGACUCAAACUGAUGAUUCUGGUAAUUUCAAAAUAAAUAAUGUUAGACCUGGAAUUUAUGGUGUAUAUUCUUGGGUCCCUGGAGUUAUGGGAGAUUACAAAUUCUCUUCUUAUAUAACCGUUACACAAGGAAAGGACACAAACUUAGGUCAAAUUAUAUUUGAAGUUCCAAGAAAUGGUCCACCACUAUGGGAAAUUGGUUUUCCAGAUAGAACUGCUAAUGAAUUUUUUAUACCUGAUCCAUUGCCUGGUCUUCAAAAUUAUUUGUACACUAACACUACUAUACAUAAGUUUAGACAAUAUGGUUUAUGGAAUCGUUACACUGAUUUAUACCCUAAUGGAGAUUUAGUGUACAAAGUUGGUGUUAGUGAUUUUAGAAAAGAUUGGUUUUUUGCCCAUGUAAAUAGGUAA